AUGCGUUCGGCUAAAGUCGGAGUCUCUCGGUUGCCUGAGAAGCGCGAUAAACCGACGGCAGAAAGGAAACACUCAACGGCGUCGAAGCUCACCGUACACUCGGCUCUGAGCCAACCAAUGGAUCUACAUAACGCGGAAUACUCGAGGAAAGAACUCAAAGAAUACAGACAGUUGUUUAACAUGUUCGACACUGAUGGAUCCGGUGCUAUAGGAAACGAAGAAUUAAAACAAGCAAUGUUUAGCAUUGGGAUGCAUGCGAACGAAGCAGAAAUCGAUAAUGUGAUAAAAGAGGUGCGCACUUCUUCUGAUUUUCCAGAACACUUGUGCGUGCUGUGA